AUACUAGUUGUCGGAGGGCACAUCAAUCAUGCCAACACUGAUAAGGGAAAUGUAUUCAAUGUUCCCUCAAAUAAAUUUGCGGAACUGAACAUGUUUCUUGACCCUCUGGCAGCAAAGACAGUUUUGAGUUCAGACCUCAAUAUCACUCUCAUUCCACUUGGCAUACAACGGAAAUUCAGUGCAUUUCCUAAGAUUCUUAAAAGACUUCAGCUAACUAAGAAGACACCUGAAGUAAUUUUUGUGAAGCGUUUACUGUCAACGUUACAUCACCUGCAAAAGACACAUCCUAGAUACAAGCAUAUGGAUAUAUUUGUUGGAGAAAUCCUUGGAGCAGUAAUUUUGGCUAGUGAUUAUUCUGUACUGAAAUCAACCUUUGAUGUCAAGAAAAUUAAAGUCUCUGCCACGGGGUAUGAAUCUGUAGACGGACAGAUAAUUAUCGACGAAAAGCAAGGCAAAUCAGUGAAAGUAUUGAAGAAUGUGGAUCAUUUAGGUUAUUACAAUGUUUUUGCAAAUAGACUAAGUGAUGAGAAGCAGUCAGCUGUAGUUGGAAGCUUUAAUAGGCAGACAAGACUUUGAAGCACACCAUCUAAUUGAAAUAUUAAACUGUCAAUUCAUUAGUAAUCAGAUAGUAGAGGCCCAAAAAUUUACUUUUUUUAAGCCUGUAUUUCGAGAAUUGAAAUGAUUGCCCUUGUGAAUUUAAGGGCCAAUUUUUUUUUAAAAAGAGAACUUGAAUGAACAUGUUGCAUAUGUUUCAUAAUGUAUCGUAUUGUAUUGUAUUGUAUUUCAUUGGACUGUAAUGUUUUAUGGAAGAGAAUUUGAAAACAAUGCCUUUGAGGAA